AUGGCAGGCCUCAAAUUAGAGGAUCCCACGGUUGAUGUGGGUGACGUCGAGAAGUACCGGUUGGCCUUCUUAAUGCAAUUUUUCGUCCAACAUAAGCGACGGUUUCGAUUUCCGCGCUUGCGUUUACAAGAUCUGUAUCAGCGUGUUGUAAAGGAUACCGAUGCAACUGCAUUUUGCGAUUUGGUUGCCCGUAUCUUGCGAUUCUUAAAUCAUGGAGACCCUGACGUUUCGAUCGAUACGGUCGAUCAGGCCCUAGAUCGCUUCACCGUGGACAAGCGAACGUCAUAUCGAAUCAAUGUGCAACGUUAUCGGAACGGGAAACCAGUGCAUCAACUUGGGGCAAUGGCACGAGCUGCCCUGUUGGAUAAUUUGAUAGAAUCUGUGUACGACGAGCAACCGGACUUCAACUUCACAUCCGGUUUUAACAGUUCGAAUCCAGUGACUGGCUUGUCGAAUGGUAUACGGCCCACGAGCGGUUCGACUGUCUUAGAUUCAGGAGAUCCUGAAGGGAAUUCUAGUCUCUUCAACGGCUCGGAUUUGGCAACAUCGGAUGCUGGUGACUUCACUGAACCGGAAGAUGUCAAUGUUCUUAUCAAGGCUGGUCAAGAUGCACAAGGUUGCAGCUACUACUACAUGGACGACUUGCGGCUGUAUCGUGAACGACCACAAAGUGGCAUAUCUUCGCACUGGGAUGUGGCUGUUGGUCCUACUGGUGCUCAAUGGCAGGCGUUUAUUUUAUCUCUAAGCCGGAAUGAAAAGGAGUACGACCUGUACUGUUUUCUCAAACAAGAUCUUUUCGAACUAGUCAAGCAUAGUCUAGAUAGCUACGAACUUCACUCCACUAACAGUGAAUUGGAUUCCAACUUUUUGCGUGCCAAAGAAGCGAGUGAACUGGCAGAACUGCGCCGACGGAAGGGUUUGGUUACAUCCAGGCUCGGUGGUGAUGGUGUGGAUGGCGCUAAAUUGACAUUAACCACCGCAUCCAAUCUGGCCACAAACGGGCCAAAAAGCGCCUCACCUGCUUUCUCUGGUGGUCAUGGUGCUUGCGGCAUUGGAAACUCAAGCAACAACUCCUCGGGAGCACCACUCACGCCAAGUUCCGCACGCACCCCAACGUCCGCCCCACCCGCAACUGCUUCAGGAUAUUGUUUACCCUCGUUGGGCCCGGCGGAUCUAUCUGAUUUACUUCCAACAUCGAAGACCGAUCACAUGCAGUCAUCCCAAUGUACUAAUCGUUCUCAAUCGAUAUGUGACGUACCACCGAAAAUUAGCAGUGCGGAUGUAAGCGAUUCCUCAGCCUCCCACAAAGGUCCUGAAUUGUGCGUCACUCAAUCGAAUGGUUUGCAUGCAGAAACCACCUCUUGCCCUGCUGUCAAAAGUGAAUCAUCAGAACAAUUGGCCGGUACACCAAGGCAUGCGGAUACUUGGUCUUGUCCAGUCGAAGCAGAUAUCACAACAUCGGGGAUCCCCGCCACUUUUAACGAUUUACCGCCUACAAAUGAUACAUCCUGGUCAUCACCGAACCACUGCGGUGGAAAACCGUUAACCGGACCGCGACAGCCUUCCCAAGCUGGUAGGAUUAUGAAACAUCUUCGUUCAGAUGCACGGAUCAACACCUCCGCCAAAAAUGUUUUCAUAGCUCCUUCGAAUGACUCAUGUAAUCUACCGGCUUCACCAGGUCCCGCUUCUAUCAACACAAACCCAAUACAGACGCAACCGUGCCUAUCUGUUUCCGCAACUUCACAACCUAUUGCUACCAAACAGCAGUUAUAUCCGGUUGACCAGUCCCCGAACAAAGACGGCCAGCCAAUACCCGAGUGUAACAACGGACGAGCCAUUUCCGGCCCUCUGCGACCUGUGCCCGGUGACCCUGUGGACGCUCUAGGUCUUGGGGACCGCCAGGUGCCACCAGGAUCCAAACCCCCAAUGGGCCCGGCCACCGCACUCGUCCCUCCCAUGGUUGGUAUGCCCGAUGGUGGCCCAGCUCUGACUCAGGAACAGUGGGAAAACCGCAAAAGCAAGAUUGCACAGUUGGAAAAAAUACACUCUACCCUCAGCAAAAGCAAGAGUGCUUCAACACCCGGUGCCGUUGCGGCAGCUGCAGGUGUUGUACUUCAACAACAACAACAACAACAGCAGCAGCAGCGCCUGCCUCACAAUGGUCCUGCGAUGCCAACUGAGUUUGCUCAAAUUCCUCCGUCAAUAGCGCAUCAGUCAACCGGUUUAUCUUCUCCGGUUGGCUUUGGCCCGUCGCCUUAUCCACCAGUGCCACGGCAGGUUUUGGCAGAAGGUUUUCCUGUCAGUCGUCUUUCCGGUAUACCCGGAGGGCCACCUCCAAACGAACUGGCGCAAAGGGAAUGGGACAGAAUUUGCCUUGACUACCAGCGUGAGAAGGGAGAGCCGCCUGGUCCCCGCUUUCAUACCUCUGCUAGACCCCCGCCAUCGGCGACAGCCUAUGAUACCAGUGGAUGUCCUCUUGUGCAGUCAGACGUCGGCAUAUCUCCGCCAGGCGCUGUAAUGAUACCGUCAGGGCACAUGAGCAUGGAUCAUCCCUCUUGCCAUGCACCUCAACGUCACUACCCACCCAAUCCAGACGGUCCUCCCGUUGUUAUGGUCCCACCAAAUAAUUCGAAUCUCACUGGUGGAAAUGCACCUUAUCCUCCAGCCGGCUCUGGCCCUGUUCCCUCUGCUUCUAUCCAGCACUUCCGGUCAGCGCAUUCGAUGGGGCAUGGGUGCCCGGAUCAGUCUCAUGCAUGCAUGAUUCCGACAGGUCAGAAACGUCCCUACUAUGGUUCCUACGGAGAUUCUUGGGUUCCUUCAAACAGUGGAUGUAUGAUGGGACCACUUUCAUCCAGCGAUAGCAGUAUGUACCCUGGUAAUCUACCUCCCACAGGUUCUGUGCAGCCCCAACGUGGCAGCUCUCUGUGUCAAAGCUCGUUUGGUUCUACUCCUCCCAGCUCUUUACCUAUGGUAACGGCUGCAAACGUGGUGACUAAUUCUUCGAGUGGCCGUACCUCUGGUGUCAGUAAAGCAGGCGGGAAGAAACGUAAAGCCGCAGCAGUGACCGGAAGAGUUAGCACGGUUAAUACGCCCGCUACUCCUACCACAAAUUACCAGUCUCAACAGCAAUACGCCUACGCCAAACAGUCAGGACCAAACAAUUGCGCGGGCCCGAUGACACCCAAUAAACCUCCGUAUUCUUCAAUGUAUAUGUCUGACCCGUCUCAAGCCGGAUUUCAUCGCUCGGCUUACGCUUCUUCUCCUGGUCAGCAGAACUUCGGUCCUCCCGCUUCGUAUCCAGGAUCCGAUCCGUACUUUCUGCAUUAUCCGGAGCCGAAUAUGCCUAGAGCAAUCGGUAACUCGGGCCUUGCAAUGGAGAACCGUCGUGCUCUCACUCCAAAAGGGACCGAUUCGUUCGCGGUAGGUCCAGCUGGCUACCCACUACCAUAUAGCGCUACAUCUGGUGGGCGCAUGCCAUCUAAUUGUGGAAUGCCAUUCUCUUCUCCGGGAAGUGGUUCUGUUGCGCAUCCGUACAUGCACUCCCCAGAUAUGUCUGGUCCCCACUGCGAAAUGACGCCCGGAUUGCGGCCGUCACAGACCGGAUCCUGUACACAACACUUAACUUCAGCUAGCUUAGCCAGCCUUGCUCGUUUAUCCCAGCUAUCCGGAUCCGAGAGCCCGUACGUCCCGUCUUCGGCUUCGGUAGGUAGCUCACUUGGUACAAUACCUGGCUCCGGAAAUUAUGGUAGUCGGGCUGGGUUGUAUCAUCCGGACAACGUGGUGGUUAUGAGUGGCUCGCACCAACCGGUACCACCGCAAGCGGUGCGAGGACUUCCUGGACCCGUGCCAAUGGGACUGAAGCCUCAUGAUUCUGAACUACCACCUGGUGCGCCUUCCAUGCAUACCAAGUUCGCUGCCCAAGGAUACCACGGACCUACUCAGCAGCAACAUUCCGGUCCCGCACAGCCGUCUCUUCCUCAGCAGCAGCAGCAACAACAACAACAAGUGCAGUCGCAACAAACCCCCUCGAUUCAAGUUAACAACACCUUUUUCAAUGCGCAGCUGAAUGUACAGCAAAUGAACUACCAACACGUCAGCGCUCCUGGAUCUACGGGUCAGAUGCAGAUCCAUUUUGUUCAACAGCAGCAACAACAUGACCAACCUGUGGGUACCAGUGGUGGUGGUGGUGGGAAUGCUCGAGCCACCCGACAGACCAAUCCAUCUUCACGGAUGCCUCCCGUGUCGGACUACUACCCUUCACAAGCUCCGAUGGGUCAUGCGACUAACUAUGGACCCGAGUCGGGUGCUGUGCAACGCGUCUCUCAAUUUCCCAAUGGUGCUUCUAGUGCGGAGUUCCAAGUAACAAAGUCUGAUGGACCAAUAUCGACAUGCGGUAGCUUACCACCUAGUGGGGUCGGGCCAGCAGCCACGAGCUACGGCAACACAAGUGUACAAAUCACUCCGCGAACUCCUCAUACUAUUCAGUACCUGCCUACGGUCAAUCCGUCACAAACAGAAUUACAACAACCAAGUUCCCAGUACCCUUCCGCUGAAUCAGCCCAAAGUAUACGAUCGAAGGGAUUGCGAAGUAAUGUUCAGUAUGGCUCGUCCGACCCCACCAUGUUUGGCCACAUGGAUAUGCCCAUACCAGAAACGAUGAAGCAAGCAUCCUUCAGCUCCGGAACAGUGUACGCAAACCAAUCGGUCACGCAAGCUACAUCUCACCAACAGUUCCAACAGCAGCAACAACAACAGUAUGGAUCACAAGCCACCUUCGCUUCCCAGCCAUCUAAUCAGGGAAAGAAUGCACCCUCACAUUCAUUAUCUGCACGAGGUUCGUGGGUUUCUUCUGCUGAAGGGCAUUUCGAUUCUAACUCAACUGCAGGACCGCCAAGUGCGUUCCAUCCGGGGACGGUUGACGCACAAUUGAUGUCCUCGGGAUCCGUUGGACGUCCAACUGUUCACACUUCCCACCCAUCCAGUCGGAUAAACAUAGCUUCUUAUCCGUCAGGCUAUUCCGGUGACCCAAUGGAUCAGACUGUGGCAGACUCUGUACCCGGAUCCGAGGUGGUUGGCCCCGGCUUUCAACACCGAUCUAGUCACCCGCAGUACGGCAGACAAUCAGCAGCGAACAAACAUGAAUCACCCGCUGCCGUUCAACUACCCCCAGUGCAACAACAACAACAACAACACACCUAUCGUCAUCAGCAGCAACAACAUUACAGUCAAAGCGCGCAACAACAUCAAAUGUUUAUGUCCUCGUCUAUGGGCAGCCUAACACCUGACGGGUCUGGCGCCAGUAAUCAGGUGCAAUUUAUGAUGUCGGCCUCUUCAACCAGCUCUUCCCUAAACGCAUCGUCUACUAUGCAAAGCACCUCGACAACACUUGUUACAGGCGACGUUUCCCCUAUGCCAACCACAGCGAAUGCGACAUCGGAAGCAACCACUGUUCCUUCGGGUGGAAUGUGUGGGGGCAUGGCAUCGGAAAUGAAACUCAGUCAGUACGACCCGAUUGGUUCUGCCAAGCGCGCCAUGCUGUUACCACCCACCAAUGAUGAAAUAAAACCGCCGGGUUCCCUCAAUGGGCCAUCGUCCUUCAAUACUAGUUCUGCUUCGCAACUGCCGAAUCGGGUAUCGUGGCAGUCCAACCCAAGUGCCAUUGCGGCCAUUCCUAACAACCAUUCGACCAUGGAUCAGCAACAUCUUGUUAGUGGGGGAUCUUAUGCUGCAUCCUAUAGUUCGACAGCUUAUGCCACCACUGCAUCUUCGAAUUCAGGGACCGGACAAUCCACAGGCUUUGUCGACGCCUUAGGUGGAGGUAUUCGUGACGUGAUUGGACACCCGCAAGCUGCUACUACGUGCGACCUCCCGCCUCCUGGACUAUCCCAACCUCCCUAUCCAUCGUCCAUAGUACAGUAAAAUCACUUAACGUGGUCAUACCAAACCCUAUCUUUCACUUGUUUCCUCUUCACAGACACACCUACAUUGCCGAUACUCUUCCUCCAAUGUAGAAAGACGAGCUUACUUUACUAGUGUUUUUCUACUUCUAGGCCAGCAACCCAAAAGGAAAGGGCUGUGUGUAAAUAAACCAUUUUAUUAGAAUGAUCAUCAUUCAAUGAACUAUCAGGCAGCCAGCAUGCUACUCCUGUCACAUGUGCGUGUAAUGUUCUACACACUCAGUGACCUAACCAUUGAUCCCACCUCUUGUCCCGCUCCACCGAGCAUAGAGCAAACUCGUCUAGCAUUUCUUUUCUAUCGGUCAAUCUGAUUUGGGACCGACUCAUCCUAGUUGUACUCCAGUCAAUAUGAUAGUCUGUCAAUAACGAUUCCUCCUGUUCAGCAUCAUUCAUUACACUAUAUACCCUCCACGUACUCACUGAUGGGUGCGUGAUGGUUGUGGGUAUAUUAGGACAUAAUUUAACAUGAUUAUUUCGACUCUGAUGUUGACUUCUCCCAAAACCACUCGAUUUGUUUCAUGAUGUGCUUUCUCAACCACUGCACCUCAACAUCCUGCACAUAGUAGGUCCUCUCUCUCCAAUCUUUGUCUGUAUACUUCAAGGUAGACGCAUAUUUUUCCACCUACCGUGUUCUCAAAUCCUGGGUGCAUUGUACAUUUCUGUCUAUGUUUACACAAAUUUUUAUGGUCUCCUGUUUACUAAUGAACCUUCGGUCAUUUCGUUUUCUCUCUGUCAUGAUAUUUUAGCCCGUUUUUUAUCAUUGACUCCUUUCUUAAUUGUGCCGCGGAUACCUGAUUCGCCGCACGGAUUAAUUGGGCCUGUUUUCACGAUCGAGAGUUCUAUUGGCCCAUAGACCGUCUCUCACGUCUGGACGCCGUUUUAUGAUUUUCUUGACGUACUUGUAUUGCUGUGUUGUUGUCGUUGUUCGUUUCUUGCUCUCUCUGUCCCUGGGAUAUUUGAUGAAUUAAACUGAUCAAUGCUCACGUAAACGUCCGGCCAAAUAGAAUACAGGCGAUCAUCUAUUCGAUACUGAUUUUCUCACUUGUUCGCCCUCUCUCUUUCUCACUAUUCUCUGUUCAACACAUACAAAUCCAUUGUUAUUUCUACCGUUUCUGCUUCUAUCUUCGUUCAGCGAUGUAAGUUUCUUGGAUACCACACGCAAUUAAAU